AUGUUGGCCACUUCUGGUAUUUGGUUCUUUGCAAUUGCUGUCCGAAUUGCGACUGCCGCUCCCAGCCCCGGCCCCCAGCGCAACUCCUUUAUAACCGGCGAAGGCAACGAGGUCUUCGGCAAUAAGGGCGUGGAGUGUACAGUCGGCAGAGACGUCGGCGAAUGCUCUCGAUUUGGUCAAUGCGCACAGUUUAUUCCUCCAAACGAGUCAAGCGUUUUGAACCAAGGUAGAGAGGUCGAUGAGUGUGUUGCAGGGGGACCGGUAGGGGUGUUGGACGAGAAUGGUGAUGUAGUACCAUUGUAG